AUGGACCGGCGGUCGUGCCGGAGCCGGUACGAGUCGUGGCUGUACUACAAGUACUUCCCGUACGCGGCGUCGCCGUACCUCCAGCGCAAGCUGCGCGCCUACGAAGCUCGGCACCGGCGGUGCGCCCCCGGCACGCCGCUCUACGCCAAGUCCUUGGAGCAGCUCCGGUCCGGCCGCAGCGCCGACGGCAUGGAGUGCACCUACGUCGUGUGGCUCCCCUUCGACGGCCUCGGCAACCGCAUGCUGUCCAUGCACAUUGAGAAGUCGUACACGAGGCUCCUCUACGCCAAGGUGGUCGGCCCGGACGCGAACGCGACGGCGGGCGUGCCGGCGUACGUGUACCUGAGCAUGGGGUGGCAGCUCAAGGACCCGCUCUUCUUCUGCGGUGAGCACCAGCUCGUGCUUGCCAAGGUCAACUGGCUGCUGCUGUACAGCGACCUCUACUUCGCGCAGUCUCCGUACGCGGUGGCCGAGUUCCAGGACGAGCUCCGGCGACUGUUCCCGGCAAAGGAGAGCGUGAGCCACCUCCUGUCCCGGUACCUCUUCCACCCGACCAACCCCGUGUGGAGUCUGACCACCAGGAUGUUCAGCUACGGCUCCAUCCCCGCCGAUGACAUGUACGCCCAGAUCCUCGCGUGCUCGCGACAGGCGCACAUACUGCCGGACACCGGCGGCGGCGGCGGCGCUAGUGACAAUGGUGUGCUGGCAACGAGGAGCGACGACAAUGGCGAUGGCUCCAACUCCACGGCCAUCUUGGUGGCGUCUCUCUACGCGGACUACUACGAGAGGUUGAGGUCGAGGUACUAUGAGCACGCGGCGAAGGGCGGCGAGACGGUGGCCGUGUUCCAGCCGUCGCACGAGGAGCGGCAGGCGACAGACAACUUGGCGCACAACCAGACAGCGUAUGGCCACAAGGUUCCCGAGCCGCCGUGCCGGCGGGCCGUGUCCAUGGAGCCGUGCAACCUCACGCCGCCCCUGGGUGUGGAGUGCCGGGGCAAGCCCGUAGACAAGGAGGACCUGGCACGCAUGCCUAGGACAGCUGCCUCUACGCCUAGGACUCAAGUCCACUGUGGCCCAGAUACACGUGUACUUGGCCGUCUUGCGCGAAUGCUACUCCUGGGCUGGUUGUCGCGCGAAGGCUUCGUUGUCGGAUGGGCUACAGAGGCGCGCGGCCUGCUUCAGGUUCAGAGCUUUCUUCAGGUUCAGGUUCAGGUUCAGGCUCCAGACCAGCAACAGCAUGCGUAA